CAGAUCAUGUUAUGUUUGCACUCAGGUUAUUUCCAAUUUAAGCACGCAACCGAGGUUAGCAAGCUGGAGAUCGGGCCACGAGGCUAGGUCAGCAGAAGCAGGCAAUCGAUCUAGCCGACGCAUCGGCGGCAAGGUUAGCUUCCCCCCGUAUGCGAUUCCCAAAUCGCACGCGCACGCACCAACAGAUCUGAUCGGAACCAACAGGCAAGAACACAUGAUCCCCCCCGGUGAUUUUUCAAAAAGAAAACAGUCUCCCCUGCUGUCCGAAUUUCAGCCCUUAUAGAAUAGACCGAACAGUCAGCAGAACGAACACAUGGAAGAAGAUUGAACAGCUGCAGAAAGAAAUAGCAGCCUGAACGCUUCAAGAGUCCAACCAUGUGAUCUCCGGUCCAAGUUCAUCAAUUACUAUUUUAUGGAUCUCUUGCCUUGCUCUGAAUUUUUCUUUUGCACCUACUCUAUAUAAAUCAGCCCCUUGCUUGCUCUCACUCAUCACCGGUCUUCACUCUUCACUAGAACUUGCCAGCAGCGCUAGUGUGCAGCGAGCCAGUGACCGACGGACAAGAACAAGAUGGUCGCCGGCUGUGUCAUCACCGAGCAGUGUGCCCUGACGGUGUCGACAGAGCGGCUGUGGAAGGUGGUCUUCUCCGGCGAGGACACGGCCGCCCUGCCCAAGGCCUGCGCGGGCUUCAUCGACGUUGUGGACGUCGAGGGCGACGGCGGACCCGGCAGCGUCUUCACCAUGACGCUCAGCCCGGCGGCGGCGGAGCUGUCAGGCUCGGGCGUGAUGAAGAGCCGCGUGGUGGCGCGCGACAACGCGGCCAGGGUGUUCAAGACAGAGGUGCUGGAGGGCGACAAGGUAAGUGGUCAGCUCAACUCACAGGCGGUCGAGAUGAAGCUCGAGGCGGCCGGGGAUGGUGCUUGCGUGGCGAAGCUCAGGGUAGAGUACGAGAGGCUGGACGGCGGCGGGGCGCUGUCGGCGGAGGACGAGGCGGCGCUCGCCGCCGGAUACCUCGACCUGCUCAAGAUGGUCGAGGCAUACCUGGUCGCCCACCCUGCCGAGUAUGCCUAAUUAAACCAAAACGAGAAACAUCAGAAAUAAAUCAACUUUUCCUUCGUUCGAAAUUAUUUAUCGCAUAAAUAAAUAAAGUAAUAUGACCAAGUAGCCUGUGUUGUUUGCCUCCUGAUCGACUUCGCGAGAAAAAUCAAUUGGUAAGCUUUAGUAUAAAUUAUUGAGGUAUAUAUGAGUGUUUAAUCCCUGUUUUAAGCUCACAUUUCGUGUGUAAGUUGCUUCAAGCAUUGAUGGAGAUAAAUAUUUGAGCAGUUUGGUUUUGUGAUAAA